CAAUAAUAAUAUAUUUAUUAUUUCCAAUCGAAAAAUUAAUUAUCAAGAGAACCUGAUUGUUUUUCUUGCAUAUCAUCGUCUGUCAAUUAAAAAAAAAAACAAAAAAAAACAAAAAAAGAAAACAAAAAAAAGAAGAAAAAAAAAUCAAUAUCAUCGAAAUAAUAAUGAGGAAAAUGGAGAAAAAGGAAAAAAAGGAAGAGAAUUGUAAAAAUUGGAACGAAGAAUAAAAACGCUUUGAGGAAACGCAAUCUACCGUCUGUCACCGUGCAACAAACGGGAGAACGGAUAACGAAGCGCAGAAAGUAGUACCUGCAGUUGGCUACCCCCCUUCGCCCUUCGGAGGCCCUUCGACCGUCCUUCGAGCUCGUCGAGCAGAAAAGAGAGCGCGUCCACCCUCGAAGCGAGCUACGCAGAGCGCAUGCGCGGCCUGGCUGACGGUAUAAAAGACGAGGAGACCUCAUCCUCAGCUCGCAUUCAAUCACACCCACUCUAACGUACUAUACGUCCGAACUAUAAAGGGAAAAGGGCUUAGAAAUAGACACGAACACGUAUCUGCUUUCUGUCGAAAAGAGAGAGAGAGAGAGAGAGAGAGAGAGAGAGAGAGAGACGAUCGAUUCGCAGACGUGAUUCCAGAGUCUUAUUAAACAAAUACACCCUGGUAAACUGGUGCAGCUUAACAUCGUCAAAGAGAAAGAGAAAGAGAGAGAGAGAGAGAGAGAGAGAGAGAGAGAGAGAACUGUUAUUCGAAGACUUCACCAGUCUUACCAGUCGAGUUAAGAAUCCUCGAGAAUCACGACUGGUUUUUCAUCGAUCUCACGUUAACCGUCGACAUGAAGAACAAGAUCAAGAACAAACUGACUUCCAACUCGAUCUCCGUGGCUCUAUGGGCUAAGAGAUUCCUUGAGAAGACUUCGAGUGCUCUCGGAAGAUGGUACGAUGAAUUAAAUCGUCGUGUUAAGAUCUACGAUGGCAAGAUAGAUCGAGAAAAUCGUAUGAACGAGAUCAAGAUGAAAGAGGCUGAAGAUAUUGGACGUUUCAUCGACGAGAACACGGAGAACGAGCUAAGAGAACUGGGAACGAUCGAUCGGUCAUCCUUUUCAGAUUCUCGAUCCUUUGGAAUUAUCGAUCGAAUCGAAGAUUAUUCAUCCUGGAAUGAAGAGACUAAGAGCUGGAUCAAGGACGAGGAAGAAGACGAAAACGAAGACGUCGAACGUAUUUUGGAAAAUUUUUAAAUUUUUCGUUAUCUGUGAUAUCGAAUGGGGCAAGAAAAAGAUCGUCUGUGAUAUGAAAUUUGAUCUCAAGAUAUGCUUUAAGAUAAAUCUAUUACUGUGUCUUCCGAUAUUUGCAAUAUUAGCUUUUAAGAUAAUCGUUUUAAGAUAAUCCAAACUGUGAUAAUAGUUCGUAACGUUAAAAAGAAAAACAAAAAAAAAAAAAAAAAGGGAUACAAUUAAUCGUAGGCAUAUAAUUUUUUUUCUUUUCAUUUUUUCUUUGUUUUCGUUUUUCUUGAUUUUUUGGAUCAUACCUUAAGCGAUAUUUUGUGAUACAUAGUUAAUUAUCUAUCGAUCGUAGAAAUACUUUGGUUCAUGCGAUCGAUAUCUCGUUUCUGAUUCAUCUAUUACUCGAAUUUCGUGUGUCGAUUGUUUUGCAUUUUGAUGUAUUAGUUCGAAAAAAUUAAUGUAAUUUGUCUACUUCAUUUUACUUUCGAAUAUCAUUUCCUACGUAUACUUUAGUCUUACUCUCACGUAUAUCUACUUAAAUUGUGUUGCGUUUUCGUUUUUCCUUUUUUUCUUUACUAACUUGGAUAGCAUGAUCCAAUUAUUAGUUUUGCGUUUAAGUUACGAUUGUAAUUGCUUUUAAAUAAAUAAAUAAAUACUGUGUGAUUUUUCGA